AUGGCCGCGAUGCUUCGUGUUUGGCGAGUUUCGGGUGAAGAGUUAAUUUCUAUACCCGUGGAGGAGUUGACGAACGCGGGUGAACUGAAGCGCCGCUUGCAAAGCGUGUGUGGAUGGCCGAAGUCUUUUCAGAGACUCCUUCACGAGGGCGCACCUUUGGAGGAUGAUGCCCAACUCGAUGAGCCUAUGGAUGUCCAGCUCGUCAUGCUGCCACUCGAGACAGGAUUCGGUAGUUCCCAAGACCAGCUGAACUCUGCACUUGCCGAUGCUGCCGCUGAGGGCGAGCUGGAGAUAAUCACCCAACUGCUGGAAGCUGGCGCUGACAAAGACCUUGAGGACGAUAGGGGAUGUGCUCCUCUCUGUGCAGCGUGCCUGCAUGGCCAGACGGAAGCUGUGACGUUGCUGUUGGAUGCUGGAGCGCGCACAAAUGUUCAGGACGACGACGGUGGAACACCUCUUUGCUUGGCAUGCACCGGAGGACACGCCGACAUCGUUGUGCAGCUGCUUCGGGCGGGAGCAGAUCCGGAUCUGCGUUGUCCACUCAUCAACGCGGAUGAUCAAGGCCAUACCGAGAUUGUGAAGUUGCUCCUGGAACAUGGUGCUGACGCGGACUGCAUCCGUUGCACAUGGAGCGAUCCUAGCAUCCGUCGCGGAUCGAGCUUCGGUUCUGGUUCUAGUUUUUGA